UUGCGGCAAAUUCUCCUUGUUCACGUGCGUAGCACAUGCGCCUCAAUCGGUCAACCCGCGGUUCCAAUUACUGAACCUCGACGUUGUGUUUUGUCUGCGGAAAUGAGUUUUCUUUCCCCCAUCGAACAACCCUCAGUUUCCGAGAUCUCGCUAUCCCCAUUUUCUUGCUGUUAUCAGUCGCUUUGAGAAACUGGGUUUUUUCGUUUAGAUCAAAUCCAGAAUCCCUUUAAACCAUUCUCCAUUCUCCAUUCUGAUUCUGGUUUCCACAAGAAUUUGCUUUCAGAAUCAAUGGGUUCCGAUCCCUCUCUUUUGCCUGAGAUCGGCCCUGAUGGACUUGCCAGGGAAGCUCCUGUAAUUGCUUACACUGAGAAGAUAAUCGAAGAAGGGAGUCUUCAAUUGAGAAAAUGUAUUGAUGAAAAUUUAUCUAAAAUUCGGGAUGUUGAACGGGAAUUGGCAAACCUUACAAUGGAGAUGAAACUCACAUCUGGGCCUAAAAAAGCAGCUCUUGAACUUUUGCGGAAGAAAAUAGAAAUGUCAACUGAGAGAGUACGUGCAGCUAAGUUGAAGGAAGAACAAGCAAAGAAGGUUUGGGAAGCAGCAUCAAAGGUAGUGCAAGACGAGGAAGCAACUAAGCAAAAAUUGUGUGAAGACUUGAAUCAUCUGGUUCAAGAAAGCAGCAACUUUCAGUUGACAAGACUUGAAGAACUAAAAAGGCGCAUGGAAGCUUUGAAUUCAAGUCGAGUAUCGACCUCUGUUUCUCAUGAUGUCAAGGCAAUGGGAGGUGCUCAGAAUAGCAGAGUGUCAGAUUCUUCUGCAGUUGCUACGACAACAGAAACUGGUGCAAAAACAAAUGAAAAUGUCCCUAAUCAAACAACCAGUGAUGCAGCUCCAGUGAUAAAUGGGCAAAAUCAAAAGCCCCCUUCUGAGACAGAAGGAAGAGGAAAAAAGAAAAACCAGUUUCAUGGAAGAGGGAAGGGAAUUGGAGCAGUGCCUAAAGGAAGAAGCUCUGCAGACUCUGGCUGGACUGGGUCUGGGUUUGAUGUGGAUGGUAGAGCAUGAGCAAGCACUACAAAAAUCAAGAUCCAAGUUGUCAAUAUCAAUAUAAAAAAUGGUUCUUUUAUUUGAAAAAAGAAUAGUAAUAAGUGUAUUAUUUUUUUCUCCAUGUUCACUUUCAUGUCUCAGAUGAUGGAGUUGUGAGAAUAUACUAUUUGGCUGGAAUAGAAACUAUAGAUUUAGCCCCGA